AUUAGGCAAUUACCCUAGUAACCUCUCUUCCAUCAUAGCACCUUUUAUAUAAGCAAAAUGCAAGAGGGCAUAGCAGUCAUCUAGUGCUUCACAUUUUUUCUUUUUAGUGCCUUAGCUCACAUGCUACGUACUUUAUUCCAUUUUUCUCAUCCCCUAUAAUUCAUGCUUUGGGAGUAGAGGAAGAGGAAACUUGAUCAUAGAGAGGGAGAGAAUGGAAGAACAGGUUGAGAUGGUGGGCAGGGCAUUUGUGGAUCAUUACUACCAUCUCUUUGACAAUGAUAGAGCUGCUCUAUCUUCUCUCUACCAGCCAAACUCUAUUCUGACCUUUGAGGGCCAGAAGAUAGUAGGUGUGGAUGAUAUAUCUUCUAAGCUUCAUCAGUUGCCAUUUGAUCAAUCUAAACACUUGAUUAGCACCAUUGAUUCACAGCCCUCGUCCUCCUCGGGUGGCAUUAUGGUCUUUGUCAGCGGCAGCCUUCAGUUGCCUGGAGAGGAGCACCAGCUAAGAUUUAGCCAGAUGUUUCACUUGAUUCCUACGCCACAGGGAAGCUUCUUUGUGCAGAAUGACAUCUUCCGCCUCAAUUAUGGAUAAUUAGUUUUUCUUUUUUUCUUUUUUCUCACUGAAUAAUUAUGAUUUUAUUGAAACAAAGGAGAAGGGACAGCCCUAUCUCCAUCCACAGCCUCCAAACACAGAGGGUGAAAGAUAUGGAUAAUUGUUUGAUCAAUAUUGUUAGUCUUGAAGGAUAAUUGUGAUUUACGAUCCCAAUUGUUAAUUUUUAUAAACUUUUCUAUGUCAUUUUAA